GAACGCAGCUGUGAGGAAACGGAAUUUCGUUGUUCUUCUGGUCGCUGCCUGCCAUUAAGCUGGAAAUGUGAUGGCCAGGUUGAUUGUAAGGGUGGCGAUGAUGAAAAAGAUUGCACAAUUGUUUGUGAGAAGGAUCAGUUUAUGUGCGCGGACAACUCUCGUUGCAUUGCAGAGAGUUGGGUUUGUGAUGGCGAGCGUGACUGUGAAGAUGGCACGGAUGAGGCUAAGUGUGGCGACGAUAUCAUGAUUGCUGCUGACUGUGAUAGCGAGCACUUCCGAUGCGCUGAUGGACGGUUAUGCCUGCCGCUAGCCGCAAAAUGUGAUGGUGUCAGGGACUGCCUCGACUACAGUGAUGAAUUUGGCUGCGCUGGUAACUCUAACACAUUCAGCUUAUAUCUCUUAACUUCAAGUAAAAUGAAAUGUUUAUGA